ACAGGCGCCCGGCACAACGCGGCUAAUUUUUUUUUUCUUUUUUUAGAAAGAGAGAGGUAGUCUCCCUAUGUUGCCCAGGCUUGUCUUGAACUCCCGGGCUCAAGCGAUCCUCCCGCCUCGGCCUCCCAAAGUGUAGGGAUUACAGGCGUGAGACCCCGCGCCCUGCCAAAAGAGGGCUUUAGGGCACCCCAGGAUGCGAGAUCCCCCUCAUCUCGCAUCUUUAAAGAGGAGGAAGUGGACCCCAAAUCGAGCGAUAGUCCAUUUGUCCCUGGCACGGUGACUGCCGGGAGGCCAAGACCAAAUGUGUCUCCUUCCGGCUUUUGCACCACACUAACUAACCGGCGCCAGGCCGCAGAGCCGCCCUGGCCUUCGGCGAGGACUUGGGCGAGUGCGGUGCACGCUGCUCCAGAGUCCCACCGCGGAAGUUGAGGCCGCGGAUUCCGAGGGCGGGGUGGAGCGGGUUCGGUAAGUACCCGGACCCGGUGAAACGCACUGCGUGGACUGCGCCUGCGUCCGCACUCAGCUUUUCAGCAGUCUUUCUUCAGGCCCUGAAAGCCGUCCCCACGCCGGUCCCUUUUUUCUGCCUUCUUGUUUCCCUCCGGCGAGUCGGCGCGACGGUGAAUUUCCGUUUCCGGCGGUGUCCAUGCUGAACUGAGGAGUCGCAGUUGCCAGCAGGUUAGAGUUACUUGUUAUUGGUAAAUAGCUACAAUGGAGACUAAAGACCAGAAGAAACACAGAAAGAAAAACAGUGGGCCCAAAGCUGAAAAGAAAAAGAAGCGGCAUCUGCAGGAUCUCCGGCUAGGAGAGGAAGAAGAUGCCCGGAAGAGAAAUCCCAAAGCUUUUGCAGUUCAGUCUGCUGUGCGGAUGGCUCGAUCCUUUCACAGGACUCAGGAUUUGAAGACAAAAAAGCAUCAUAUUCCAGUGGUUGAUCGAACUCCACUGGAGCCCCCACCAAUAGUGGUAGUGGUGAUGGGGCCUCCAAAAGUUGGAAAGAGCACUUUGAUACAAUGCCUCAUUCGGAACUUCACCCGACAGAAGCUGACCGAGAUCAGAGGCCCUGUGACAAUUGUGUCAGGUAAAAAGCGCAGACUCACCAUUAUUGAAUGCGGGUGUGAUAUUAACAUGAUGAUUGAUCUGGCUAAAGUAGCAGAUCUGGUACUGAUGCUUAUAGAUGCCAGCUUUGGGUUCGAAAUGGAAACAUUUGAGUUUCUAAACAUCUGUCAAGUACAUGGCUUUCCUAAAAUUAUGGGAGUUCUCACCCACCUCGACUCCUUCAAGCAUAAUAAGCAACUGAAGAAGACAAAGAAGCGAUUAAAACACAGGUUCUGGACAGAAGUUUACCCGGGUGCCAAGCUGUUCUACCUUUCUGGAAUGGUGCAUGGAGAAUAUCAAAACCAAGAAAUCCACAAUCUGGGCCGUUUUAUUACAGUUAUGAAGUUUAGGCCUCUCACAUGGCAAACUUCUCACCCUUAUGUCCUGGCAGACAGGAUGGAAGAUUUGACAAACCCAGAGGAUAUCCGAACAAACAUCAAAUGUGACCGGAAGGUGUCACUUUAUGGUUAUUUAAGAGGAGCACACUUGAAAAAUAAAAGCCAAAUUCACAUGCCAGGGGUAGGAGAUUUUGCUGUGAGUGACAUCAGUUUCCUCCCAGACCCUUGUGCUCUUCCUGAACAACAAAAGAAGCGCUGUUUAAAUGAGAAGGAGAAGCUGGUUUAUGCGCCUCUUUCUGGAGUUGGGGGUGUGCUGUAUGACAAAGACUCUGUCUAUGUUGACCUUGGUGGCAGCCAUGGUUUUCAGGACGAGGUGGGGCCCACCCAUGAGCUGGUCCAGAGUCUCAUCUCCACCAUCUCCACCAUUGAUGCCAAGAUGGCUUCAAGUCGAGUGACACUGUUUUCUGAUUCCAAGCCACUUGGGUCAGAGGAUAUAGAUAAUCAAGGGGUAUUGAUGCCAAAGGAGGAAAAACAAAUGGACUUAAAAACUGGGCGAAUGCGUCGGAAAGCCAUUUUUGGAGAUGAAGAUGAAUCUGGAGAUAGUGAUGAUGAAGAAAAUGAUGAAAUAUCCGAAGAUGACGAGUUGGAAAACGGCUCUAGUGAUGAGGAAGCAGAAGAGGAGGAAAAUGCUGAGAUGACUGAUCAGUAUAUGGCUGGUAAGGGCGUCAAACGACGGAAACUUGAAGAGUUGGAAGAAGACAGUGAAAUGGAUUUGCCAGCAUUUGCUGACAGUGACGAUGACCUUGAGAGGAGCUCAGCGGAAGAAGGGGAAGCAGAGGAAGCUGAUGAAAGCAGUGAAGAAGAGGACUGCACUGCAGGAGAGGGGGGCAUUUCAGAAUCAAAGGCUGUUGGAGACGGUAGUAAAGCAGAGCUGUCGCCAGCUAAUCGCCAGAGUGACCGUGUGAAUCUGGUGAAGUCUUUGCUGAUGAAGAAAGCAGCUCUCCCCACUUCUGAUUCUGGACAUUGCACAGCUGAAGAGGCGUUUGCAUCUGAAGAUGAAUCUGAAGAAAGCUCCUCACUCGGUGCAGAGGAAGAGGACUCAGAAAAUGAAGAGGCUAUUAGAAAAAAGCUUUCAAAGCCUUCUCAAGUGAGCAGUGGUCAGAAACUGGGGCCAAGGAACUUAAUUGAUGAGACCAGUGAUAUAGAAGAUUUACUCAAAGAGGAAGAAGAUUACAAGGAAGAAAAUAAUGAUUCCAAAGAAACCUCAGGUGCCCUCAAGUGGAAGGAAGACCUUUCCAGAAAGGCAGCUGAGGCCUUUCUGAGGCAGCAGCAAGCAGCUCCAAACCUCCGAAAGCUUAUUUAUGGGACAGUGGCAGAAGAUAAUGAAGAAGAAGAUGGUGAUACCCAAGAAGAGCUUGGAGGGUUGUUUCGUGUCAACCAGCCUGACAGAGAGUGUAAGCAUAAGGCUGACUCUUUGGACUGUUCUAGAUUUCUUGUGGAGGCCCCCCAUGACUGGGAUUUAGAGGAGGUUAUGAACAGUAUCAGAGAUUGCUUCGUGACUGGAAAGUGGGAAGAUGAUAAAGAUGCAGCCAAGGUCUUAGCAGAAGAUGAGGAGCUCUACGGUGACUUUGAAGACUUGGAAACAGGGGAUGUGCACAAGGGAAAAUCAGGUCCCGAUACUCAGAAUGAAGAGGUAGAGAAAGAAGUUAAGGAAGAAAUUGACCCCAACGAAGAAGAAAGUGCCAAGAAAAAGCAUUUGGAUAAGAAGAGAAAAUUGAAGGAGAUGUUUGAUGCAGAAUAUGAUGAAGGAGAAAGCACAUAUUUUGAUGAUCUUAAAGGAGAAAUGCAGAAACAAGCACAGGUGAGAAGCCUCAGUUCCUCUCAGCCCCUUGUCAAGACUAUCAUAGCACAGGAAUCCCUGAUUUUGUUUGGGUCCCUGCUUCCUAUCCUGCUUCUGUGCCUUUCAUUUGGACUCCUGCGUAGAGAUGCACGUGAGUGUGUUUAUUCAUGCAGUGAGCUCAUUGUUUCUGCAGUCAGAAGGUCACCAGAAAAAGAUCCAUACCUAUUUUGUAACAAGAAUUAGGAAACAGAAAUGACUGAGGCAUGGUCUCUACUUUUGAGACUUUUACAAUGUAGUGAUCUGAGACAGUGUAUUCAUUUCAGUGCAAGCAUUGGCUGCCUAUUCCGAUCGCUGCUCCCUGAUUUGAAUGGCAGGUGAUCAGUGGCCCAUGUGGCUUAUGGACACACCAGAGCUCAUAGGAGGAGUGCUCUGAAAACUCAUCCUGGUCAGAGUUCAGAAGGACAUGUGGAAUGUAAGGUCUGAUGCAGAGAUAAAGGGAUAUGGUGUGGCCCUCCUGCCUGGGGGUGCUGAGCAGGUUGCUGGAGGCGGUGAUCUCACUCUGAAGGAGACAGACACAGAAACAUGUGUACAGUUGAUGGUGAGCAUCUGAGUUGCGCCUUGUUAGUGAGGCCAGGAGUGCCUGUGUAAGCUGGAACAGAU